UCCUUUCUCGCUUCCUGUAGAAAGCGAUUUCAACGUGUGCGAGUGGAGCGGUAACUAAUUCCGUAGGAAGAAAAGGCUAUUCAGGUUGUUUAUUUUAAAGUCAUCAGUGUGGAAGAUGACGGACCGCUACAACAUCCACAGCCAGCUGGAGCACUUGCAGUCCAAGUACAUCGGGACGGGCCACGCCGACACCACCAAGUGGGAGUGGCUGGUCAACCAGCACCGGGACUCCUACUGCUCCUACAUGGGCCACUUCGACCUGCUCAACUACUUCUCCGUGGCCGAGAACGAGAGCAAGGCCCGGGUGCGCUUCAACCUCAUGGAGAAGAUGCUGCAGCCCUGCGGGCCGCCCGCCGACAAGCCAGACGACGCCUAGCCCGGGGGGCCAGCCCGGGGCCGUGCCUCUGUAGAUCGUUUCUGGGCGCCUCCGGGACUGCGAUGAUGGAGGACGCAAGCGGCUGCGUGUGCGAAGGGAAGGGCGGGAGCAAGUCGGUUUGGUCUUGGCACAGUGCGGCGGUUUUAUCUUCGGCAGCGUUCGGAUAAGCCAGUGGCGGCGUCUGUUCAUAAUUUCAGUUGUGGUGUCUGGUGCUUUUAUAGAAACAGUUCAUUCUGGUGUUCCUCAUUGUUGGGUGAUAUUUUACUGAUUUUUUUUUUUACAUUUUUUACAAUAAAUUAAUGCUGACCGAUUUGA